AUGCCGAUCUGCGACUACUACACGACUGCUCUUCUUAAGGAGAACACCGCCGCCAACCAGGAGACUCUCUUGACCCUCGUCGUCAACACUGUCGUCAUCGGCAACUACACCAAGCCCAACGUCGGCAUCACCGUCCCGGGUAUCCUCGCUCCUGGCACCGGAGACUACGCCGGCGUCGAGCUGGCUCCCUACUUCACCGGUGCCCUCAACUCCACCAACCGUGGCGGCAGCGCGGGUGUGUCCAUCAACUUCCUCGAUGGUGGAGCAGCUGCCCCUCUCCUCAAGAACGAGCUCCCCACCAUGAGCUCCGCUCAGUACAAGCUGGUCACCCACUUGUACGGCUACUUCGGCUCCCUCCUCGGCUGCUCGCAGUUCGGUAGCACCUACAAGCCAUACGGCGGCUCCACCAACAUGUACGAGGUCCACAAGUUCAUGGCUCUCGACCCCAAGGAGGUCGGUUACUUCAUCUCGCAGGUCGGCAUGGCCGCUGCUUCCUUCGGUGUUGCCGAUGCCGAUGUCAAGAUCGUCGGUGAGGCCCUCAACAAGGCCUUCGGCUACAAGUGCUCCCCUGCUGCCGCCAUCCCGGCCUCUGCUUCCCCCAAGCCCCAGGCUAUCUGCAUUGACGAGAGCUGCCCGCUCGCUGCCAACGCCACCUGCAGCCUGUACGCCGAUGUCAUCCAGCCCACCAACGUGACCAUGCCCACCGGCCCUAGCAACGCGCCUACCACCUCCCCGGCUACCGGCACCGCCUCCCCCACCUCCUCCGUUGUCCCCGCCAAGGGCGCUGCUUCCGUCGCUGGCGUCUCCGUCGCUGCUGGCAUCUUCGGCCUCGCUGCCCUCCUUUUGUAA